CAACAACAACAACAACAACAACAGCAUCAGCAGCAGCAGCAGCAGCAGCAACAACAACAACAACUGUGUCGUGCUGUGGGGUCCUACUGAUAGUUGUGCAUUCUAGCUGCGACCGAGUCCAGCAGCUGCGAACGCUGCUGCUGUGUCCGGUAUGACGAUGGAAGGAUCUUCCCCGAGUCAUCAAAGCGACUCCUGCGCUCAGCUUCAACAAAGUUGGGCUGCAGGUGGGGGUGUAAGCGGUGUGGGACCCCAAGGGGGUGUUGGAGCCGGGGUUUAUGAAAGUGCUGAAGACAUGGAUGUGUUCUUUCACUCAAUCGAUGGCAACAACCCAGCAUCAUACUACACCUCAGGAGCGGCACGAGCUGCUAUCCAGCAAGGAUAUAGGAAUGCGGCUCAUUCAGCGCGCAACAAUAUGGUUCGGCCACAUUUCCAUACGCCUGUCCAUCCGUGGAUCUCGGAUCCCGCGGGCAAAGCAUUGCCGUAUGCCCACGGCUCGUCGUGGUUCCCAGCAGUGCAGGGGGCGAAACCUCCACAUUCACCCCCCGGCGCAGUGUCUGCGCCCUCGUCACAGAGUUCAUCACAUUCAUCACCGCACCUCUUUACGUUCCCACCGACGCCGCCCAAGGACGCGACGCCCGAUCCAUCGGCGACGGCGCUGCCAGCGGACUACGCUUCGGCUAGCCUGGCUGAGGAUGUUAAGGCAGCCCAGUCAUUUAAGCAGCGUAACGAAGGACGCACCACUACAGACUCACGUUCGACACCAGGUAGCUCCGGCCUGUGCAGUCCCCCUUCCGCUGUUGGGGGCCUAGGAAGCGGAAGUGUUGGCGUUGGAGGUCCAAUGUUGGCAGAAAGUGCAGUGCUAUCCUUCCCGCUGGAGCAGGGCUCGUAUUUCUGGGGCGCCAGCCCGCCUGCCACCGCACCCGCGGGCCAGCGCUCCUCGGAGGUCUCAUCGUUCGGAGAGGGCAGAGAGUGCGUGAAUUGCGGAGCCACGUCGACGCCGCUAUGGAGACGCGACGGAACGGGCCAUUAUCUGUGCAAUGCAUGCGGUCUCUACCACAAGAUGAACGGUCAGAACCGACCCCUUAUCAAGCCCAAGCGAAGACUGGUCAGCCAAUCGGCAGCUCGACGAGCGGGCACCUCAUGUGCCAACUGCAAAACGACGACAACGACACUCUGGCGGCGAAACCAUAAUGGUGAGCCCGUGUGCAACGCCUGUGGACUCUACUACAAGCUGCACAACGUGAAUAGGCCGCUGACCAUGAAGAAAGAAGGCAUUCAAACGCGCAACCGCAAACUCAGCUCGAAGGCGAAGAAGAAGAAGCCAUCGGGCUCGAUGCUGGCGCUGCCUGACUGCCUGAAGCCGCUUGGCGACAAGUCGUUCUCGAGCUUCUCACCGGCAGGCCAGUUUUCGAUGGGCAUGAACAUGAAUCAUUAUAUGGGCGUAAACCAGGGGGCGGCACAGUUUCCCGUCGGCAUGGGCGGCUCGUUUGUAUCGUCUAGUCCGGUGUCGUCUAUCGGCCAACACAUGGGAGCGGCAGGCCAUGCGGGUUCGCUGAGCUCGCAGAUUAGCCAGAGCAUUUCGUCGAGUCUGGCCGUUGGAGUGGGCCAUGGAGGCCAAGGAUCAACGGCAGCCGCCCUCAAUCUCGGUGCGGGCGCUGGUUCGGCGGCGCUCAACUCGAUGGUAGGCGCCAUGGCGUAGGGUGUCCCGCCAGCCGAGGAGCUCCACGAGGGCGUCGAGGACGACAGCCUUGAUGGCCACGAUGGCAUCGGCGAUCCAGCACUGGCCGAAUCUAGUGCCGGUCCCAAUAACAACAGCAACGGGAAACAGUCAACAGCGACAUCAGCCGUAGUGGCAGCAGCACACGCGAUCGCUGCGGCGAAUCGACGCUGAACAUUGGUUAACAAUGGAUGUUGGCGCCCAAUAUCUACCUCUACCCAAUUUAUUUUCCACCUUGAGAGCAGGCCGAACUGCGCUAAACAGGCGGUGACAUCGAUAAACAUAACAGCGAUGAUGAUGAUGAUGGGAAAAUCUAACAAAUGAGUACUGCUGUCGCCACUUCUUAGAAGAGUUCUGUGUACUUUAUUUACUCGCCUGCGAUUCUUCAACCGUGAUGACCCAGUUUGCGACCCAUGAUUAGGUUUAGGGCCGUCUGCUAAAGAAAACUCAACUAAUGCAAAAUACUCUGCGUUGGUCGAAUGCGACGAACCCUAAUAGAAACAAAGGGUAUGAAAAAGAUAAGAAAGUAGAAAGAGCUCUAGUAGGAAGAAGAAACCAUAAGAAAAGGAUAAUGACGAUGACCAAGUUGAGGUCGGAUGAAGCCAACGUGUCGGGUUUACGUCGACACGCUGCUGAAGAAUAGUGAGACGAAGUCGGACCCCCGAGCAAACCCCGGUUGGAAAUAAUUGGAAAUGUUUAGGCGGAGGCGACGGCAAUGCGGGCGUGUUCAUUUAGACGGAGCACACAAACACAGCCAUCGACGCCCACACCUACACACAAGCACAGUGCUCUACAGACAAGCUAAAUAAGGUACGGCCGAAACAUGUUGCAGGAGACGGAGAUUAGUACUAUGAAAAUGACAAUAGCAACAGCCAUUACUUGACACAACAAACACAACGAUAGUACUGCAACGAUGGAUGAACAGAGCAGAGGCCGUUGACGAGCUAACGACUCGCGCAAUUUCUCUCUGGAGAACGAAUGCAGAAUGAAAAACAACAAAGGGGAACGAAGAGUAGGAUCCCUGAUGGUCUUUUCAGAGAGGCAAAGAGAAGAAGCGACAUGACGCAGUGGCAGAUCGAACAUCCCUUCUACUGUCUGCUGUGGCCUCUGCCUGAACAGCAAAAAGCAUGAAAUCAGAGAUGAUCCAUUGAUCUCGCGGUGGCGUCCGACGACACCCCCUACCCAUGUACAGAAUCCUCAGUGUCCGCCCCAAAAAAAAUACACCUAAACUGCAUACAUAUUAUACAUAAUACAGAUAAACAGAGCCGCCGAAGAUGAUAUACAGACAAUAUUAAUAGAGGCGACGCGUGAAUGAAAAGGUUGCAUAUAUAAGUAACAAGCAAAUAUACAUUGCCCGACAUGCGGUCAAUAGAUGGCGCAUCGGGCACUGGAUAGACAAACAUUAUUAAUAUUAUCUUCACCUAUAGAGUGUGAUGGUAUUCAUGAUGAUUAAGGGCUGAAAAUUGGCUCGCUGGUUGGUCUUCCUGUCGUUUCGUCAGUGUGCGUAUGAUUGUAUGUGACCGAUAUGUAUGUAGGAUUAUUGUGGUCACCAUACCCAGCCAGUAGAAACUGCAAUGACACCAACAGCGACAAAACAACAAUAGUCAGAACGAUAGCUACGUGAUUAGGCAAAAAUAAGCCAGCAACGAGAAACAGCAACCGUAACGGCUGUUAUAAUAUUGAUAACAAUGAAGACACAUUGAUAUAGGGAAAGUGACAUCAGUCCUGGAAAUACUAACAAUAAGGAUAUACAAGUUGGAAACGAAGACCGUGUUCGUGAAAAGGUAUCGCGGCUAUGGUCGGUAAUAAACACGAACACGCACACAAUAUUGAACGAAUACAUUUACGAUUAUUCGAAAUACGACAACGAAGGAACGGGUAUCUGCGGGCGAGUGAGCGAAUGAUAUAGACGUGCACGUGUGCAUGCGUGUCUGUGUGUGUAUGCGUGGGCGUGAGCAUGUGUGUGUGUGUGUGUGUGUGUGUGUGUCUGUUUGUGUGCACGCGAAAUCGAGGGAAAAGUUUAUGCGAAAGCAGCAAGAACAAUACUGACCGAAUUAGAAAACACGGUUGAAACAAACAACAGAUGAUUGGUGGAGAAGCAACGCGAUAAAAGAAAUUGUUCGUGUAGUGCAAUACCCACAGGACGAGAUGCGGACGAGCCUCAGCACGAGAGCCCCUCUCUGUGAGCGGAAGCGUGAACUCGCCAGCAGCGAAUCUUUGGAAAUUGAUCGGCCAGCACAGCCGUACCAUGCAAACAGACAGAGAUGGAUUAGUUAUAAUGCAAAAAUUAGCAAAGAGAAGUAGAACGGACGGGACAGACGAAAGAUAACAGGGGGCUGACGCCGCUAGCCGUGAACCUGGCAGAUGUGAUUGAUUCGAAUAUGAAAUUAUCUUAUAAAUGUCGUAAGCGAUCGCUUAUAAAUGAAGUAUCUGAGGGGCUUUUUGUUAGUCGAUAAUACUUAAGGUACACAGUGUCUGCUGGGUUCAUUCCUUGCGCUCGAGUAGUAAAGAUAAACGGUUGAAAAAGAUGCGACGUAUCGCAUCUACCCUUCCGGUGCAUGCGAUGCUCGAUCAAUGAGGCUUCUGAAGAUGAUGAUUUCGUCUUCGUGGUCGUCAAAACGAGUGCUUUCUAAUCGACUGUAUCCAAAUCAGCUGUGACCUACGAGAGAUGGCUACUUUCACUAAGGAAGAUAUUCUUCUCAGACCAUAUUCGAUAUCCGCGCGUUGAAAAUUCAAUUUUGAAAACAAACCAACAAGUCCGAACCAAUUUUCCGAUUAGCAAUACAAAAACAGCAGCAGCAGGUAACCGAAAGCAAAAAAAAAAAAUAGUUGGUGAAGAUUUGACACAUCGAGACGAUAGCGGCACUCGGAUGUUUGUAAAUGUUGUAAAUUCUGUCGCUAAUGACUAAAGCAAGGUAGAAGACUGGGAAAGAUGAAGAUGAUAAUGGCGUACUCAUACAUAGGGCACCAGAAGCUCUAGCGAGGGGAGGACGGUGCAACGAUAAAUGAUGGGACAAUACUAAACAUUUAUGUAACAACAAAUAAAGUAAUGAGCAAAGACUGACGAGAGUGAGGGAGAAAGAGAAACAAUUAAACGAGAAUAAAUUAAACUGGGUUCGUGCUCGACCCGUGUCCUGUGUAUCAUAAUAAGUUACCUAGGUAUUACAAAAAAAAAGAGAAUAAUUAUAGAAAAUUAUGUGACUUGUCAAUGAGCUGUGACCAUUCACCAUGACGACUUGUGACGACACCAG